AUGUCUAGCGACAGUUCUCUGGGAGAGGUGCCUAUGUCCCUGGAUAGCCAGUCACCUUACGUUCGCACGCAAGAGUACAUUUCUACCCCGCGAUAUUCAAACCUUAGCGGAACGCCAGGGGGUCCACCUUACCGCGUGCCAUAUGGCAUCGGCAACAAUGACAGUGACAAUAGUACUGUCAUUGUAGACGCAAAAAUUUUCAAUCGCGAUACCCACGACUUUGCAGAGGGUGACUUCGUUUGUCAAGGAUUCUUCAAUCGCGUUGAUUUAGGCGGAUUUACCCGGCGUUUCAACGUCUCUCAGUGGAAUUACGAGAUGCGCCGACAGGCUCAAUCUGUCCUCCCUUUCUUGUCAUUGGGUCCUUUAUCAUGCCUGCGCGACAUCGAAUACGUUCGCAGUCAAGGCUUUACUCUACUUCUUGCAAUUCGAAGUCGAAAAUCGGCCCCGGCGCGCUUGGUCUCGGGCGAUAAGGCAGCGGCGGCGGCCGGUAUCAUGGCAGAUACGGUUGAUGUUCUCGACAAUCAAGAGCUCAUUUCCGAAUUUCCCCGCGCUAUUCGUCGUAUCAAUGAUCAUUUAGCCGGAGAGGAUGAGAACCCUAACGCUAUGGUGCUAAGCGGUCUACAACAGAAGAGGAAAGUGCUUGUAUUCUGUGAAUCGGGAAAUGAGCGCUCUGCUGCCGUUGUUAUUGCCUACGUAAUGGUCAUGCUCAAUAUCAACGCCGCCGAAGCCACCUACAUGAUUCAACAACGUCGCUUCUGUGCCUCCAUUGAAGAUCCUAUGAAACGAAUUCUGGCGGCAUUCGAGUCCAUCCUUUCUGCUAAGCGUGAUGUUGAGCGUGCCAGGCACACUAUUCCUCCACAUAUAGCUGCUACACUUGCACCCCCGUCCUCAUCGCCCAUUCUUACGAAGAAACGAAGCUUCCAAGACCAUAGGAAUGAUGACCAUCUCAUGGAUGAUGAUGAAAUGGAAGUUGAUGGGGACGGGGAUCCUUUCUUUGAAAGGAAACCCAGUGCUCCAUUCCAAGACCGUGUGGUAUAG